GCCGGAAGGGGACACUGGAGGGCCCAGAGUCUGUUCCAGGAAGGGCAGAGUCCAUUUCUGGCCUGGUUAGGAGCCAGAUCUCACCGACUGUUCCCAGGAGGAGAAGGUCUGGGAGUCAGGGCAGCGUGUGGGGUCUGCUUUCAAUCCCAGCAUCUUCUUCCCAUGCCUUCCAUCAUUCUUUCCUGGCCCCAAACUCAGGACUUCCCAAUGUUUGUUACUACCAGACUCCAUCCAGCUGCCAGCUGGACAGGGCCCCGAGGGUGGCUCCUUGCGAAGACCGGCUCUAAUCCCACUUGGUCUCUGAGCGUGUGGUGCUGGUGCCGGGAGGCGGCAGCAGGAAAGGAUGACUCAGUUCCUCAUCACAGAUAAUGGGCACAGUCACAUCGAUCAUGAGCUUAAUUUGUCCUGGGCACUGGGAAUGUUGAAAAUGCAGUUUUGAAGUAAUAACGAUAACAAUAACACGACAUAACAUUUCGAGUGCCUAUUGUGUGCAGAGCCCUGUGCAGGCUGCUAGCACUGGGAGUCACUUCUGAGCUCUUUACAUAGAUGAGGUCUUUGACUUCUUCCCUCAUCACUGGGCAGUGAGGGCUUUCUUGUGCCCAUUUACAGAUGGGAAAUUUGAGGCCCAGAGAAGUGCAGUGAUUUGCCCACCACCACACAGCUACUGCAGGGCAGAGCUGGGAUUGCUGUCCAAGUUUAUUUGAUGCCAAGACCAUGGACAGAGCCCUUGGCCUUCCACACCCCGGAGCACCCACCCUGAGCGAGGUCCCCUGCCGAAUAUGGAGCACACAGCAGAGGGCAAGGAGCGCCAGGCCCUGUGUUCCAAGGGCUCCUGGCCCAUGUGGGGACCAGGGCAGAACCACACAAUGGUUUGGGCUUGUGUUUUGUAAUUUAGCAGACCCAAAUUUUAGUCCCAGAUCUGCCACUUAUUUGCCACAUGACUUUGGGUGUGUCACCUCUCUGAGCCUCAGUGUUCACCUGUAUGAAAUGGGGUAACAGUGGUGCUUCCAAACCAGGGUUGCUAUGGGCUCAAUGAGUCCAUGCCCAUGAAGGGGAGAUCUGGGCCUGGAACAGAGCAGGCCAGGCUGGUUCCUGACCCCAGGGCAUUCCAUCACCCAAGAUGCUGCCUGUAAAGCUCCGUGUAAGUGACUAGUAAUGAGCUCUGUGGGAAGUGCUCACACUGCUGUCUCCCACCAUCCCCAGAAGGCUCAGAUAAGAAGCCAUUGGAGCUCCAGAGGUAGGGGACGAUUUUCAGCUCAGGAGCUGGGGAUGAGGAGAUCAAGGAAGGCUUUCUGGAGGAGGAGGCAUUGAAGCCAAGCCAUUGCAGUUGACCGGGAAUAUUCACCAACAUCCUCUCUCCAAACAGAAAGCUGGAAAGGAGAUAAAGAUAAGCAGAGAUGGGUGGUAGAGUGAUCCAGGCAGAGUUCUCCAAGGAGAAGUACAUCCUGGACUCAUCGCCUGAGAAAUUGCACAAAGAGUUGGAGGAAGAGCUCAAACUCAGCAGCACGGAUCUCCGCAGCCACGCCUGGUACCAUGGCCGCAUCCCCCGUGAGGUCUCCGAGACCCUGGUGCAGCGCAAUGGUGACUUCCUCAUCCGGGACUCGCUCACCAGCCUGGGCGACUAUGUGCUCACCUGCCGCUGGCGCAACCAGGCCUUGCACUUCAAGAUCAACAAGGUGGUGGUGAAGGCGGGUGAGAGCUACACCCACAUCCAGUACCUGUUCGAGCAGGAGAGCUUCGACCACGUGCCGGCCCUUGUGCGGUAUCACGUGGGCAGCCGCAAGGCUGUGUCAGAGCAGAGUGGAGCCAUCAUCUACUGCCCCGUCAACCGCACCUUCCCGCUGCGCUACCUGGAGGCCUGCUACGGCCUGGGCCAGGGCGGUGGCAAGGCUGCCAGCCCCGCCAGCCCCUCAGGCCCCAAGGGCAGCCACGUGAAGCGGCGCAGCGUCACCAUGACCGACGGGCUCACCGCCGACAAGGUCACCCGCAGUGAUGGCUGCCCCACCAGGUGUCUGCUCCACAGCACAUCACUGCCCCACCCCCGGGAAUCCAUCCGCAACUGUGCACUCAGCAUGGACCAGAUCCCAGACCUGCACUCUCCCGUGUCCCCCAUCUCUGAGAGCCCCAGCUCCCCCGCCUAUAGUACCGUGACCCGUGUCCACACCGCCCCUGCCGCCCCCUCAGCCACAGCGCUGCCUGCCUCCCCUGUCACCCGCCGCUCCAGUGAACCCCAGCUGUGUCCUGGAAGUGCCGGGGAGUCGGACAAGGGCCCUUACUCCAGCCCCCCCCACACCCGCUGCGAGGCCUCCCCAUCACCGUCGCUCAGCAGCUACAGCGACCCGGACUCUGGCCAUUACUGCCAGCUGCAGCCUCCUGUCCGUGGCAGCCGAGAGUGGGCAGCAGCCGAGGCCUCCAGCCGCCAGGCCAGGAGCUAUGGGGAGAGGCUUAAGGAACUGUCAGAAAAUGGGGCCCCCGAAGGGGACUGGAGUAGGACCUUCACAGUCCCCAUCGUGGAAGCCACCUCUUCCUUCAACCCAGCUACCUUCCAGUCACUACUGAUCCCCAAAGAUAACCGGCCACUGGAGAUGGGCCUCCUGCGUAAAGUCAAGGAGCUGCUGGCAGAGGUCGAUGCCCGGACGCUGGCCCAGCAUGUCACCAAGGUUGACUGCCUGGUUGCUAGGAUACUGGGCGUUACCGAGGAGAUGCAGACCCUAAUGGGAGUCCGCUGGGGCAUGGAGCUGCUCACUCUCCCCCAUGGCCGGCAGCUACGACUAGACCUGCUGGAAAGGUUCCACACCAUGUCCAUCAUGCUGGCCGUGGACAUUCUGGGCUGCGCGGGCUCCGCUGAGGAGCGGGCAGCUCUUCUGCACAAGACCAUCCAGCUGGCGGCCGAGCUUCGGGGGACCAUGGGAAACAUGUUCAGCUUCGCUGCAGUCAUGGGCGCCCUAGAUAUGGCCCAGAUUGCCCGGCUGGAGCAGACAUGGGUGACUCUGCGGCAGCGACACACAGAGGGAGCCAUCCUCUACGAGAAGAAGCUCAAGCCAUUUCUCAAGAGCCUCAAUGAAGGCAAAGAAGGCCCGCCGCUGAGCAACACCACAUUUCCUCACGUGCUGCCACUCAUCACUCUGCUGGAGUGUGACUCCGCCCCGGCCGAGGGCCCCGAGCCCUGGGGCAGCACAGAGCACGGCGUGGAGGUGGUGCUGGCCCACCUGGAGGCUGCCCGCACCGUGGCACACCACGGCGGCCUGUAUCACACCAAUGCCGAGGUCAAGCUGCAGGGGUUCCAGGCCCGGCCAGAGCUCCUCGAGGUGUUCAGCACCGAGUUCCAGAUGCGCCUCCUCUGGGGCAGCCAGGGCGCCAGCAGCAGCCAGGCCCGGCGCUAUGAGAAGUUCGACAAGGUCCUCACUGCCCUGUCCCACAAACUGGAGCCUGCCGUCCGCUCUAGCGAGCUGUGACCCCCAUGGACCCUUCCCCUCUGCAGCUGCGGGCAGCAACAGGGACAGAAGGGCACAGACCUUUUCCCAGAGCACCCCAGGGACACUGUGAUCAGCCCGAGAACGUUCUGGGUUCAACUCCAGGAUCUCCCUUGCACCUCCAGGGUCCUACGUGGAGUCUGGGCUCCAUCCCACCUGCUACUCACUCACCAAGUUUUCCUUCAGGAAGAACUGGAACCCCUGUUUCUCCCUCCAGCUUCUGCUUCUCCCCUUCCUGCUGAGGUGCCCUGUAUUUGAGCCACGGGAGGCUUCUCACACCUCCUCACUCUUCUCCAGGCACCUACCCCCGCCCCCUCACUGACACCAAUGCCUCCCUCUGGCUGUAAAUACAUCUGUCUGUUCUGUAAAUAGAUGUACAGAAGCCGUGUUCUUUCUUUCAUAUAAUAAACUUUUAUGACUCUUU